UCCUGCUCCUCCCGCGUCUUCUGCUCCCGCUCAUCUCCUCCUCCUCCCGCUCUUCGUUCUCCUGCUGCUCUUCCUCCUCCUCUCCUCCUUCAGUCCUCGACCGCAGCGGGGCGGGGUGAGGGGCCCUCUGCCCACGCGACGCUGUCAUCAGCUGUGACGCCGAGCAUGUGGCGUGUUAGUGGUGAUGAUGAUGAUGUUUUUGUUGAUGUUUGUUGAUGUCUGCAGAACUCCUGCACUGUUUCACGCAGGAAGCGGGUGCCACCACUGACCGCCAAACCCGAUUUGAAUACACACCCUUCAACUCUGCAGGAACUAAGACUCGUGUCGAACAGAGACACGUGACACUUCACUUAGUUCAAGCACGCCUGGUUCUGCUGAUGAAACGAUGAAUGUCGAUACCGGUCCAGAGUGUGCUUGUAUCGAACCGAUGUUUGCUUUAAUUGUGCGAAGCAAACUUGUAUUUCUGUAACGUGGAGAGACAAAUGUGGUCAGCCAGGCGAAUCGUCCGGUUGUGUAUCGCGUCACGUGGCGGAUUGGUAAACACGGCAGAGGCGCGGGGAGGGAGGGGCUUUGCUGAUAACGGGGCUGGUAAUCCUGGUGACCGAGUAACGGGGAUGCAAUGCUGGUGUCCGAGUAACGGGGAUGUAAUUCUGGUGACAGAGUAACGGGGUUGGUAACAGAGUAACGGAGCUGGUGACAGUAACGGGGGUGGUAAUCCUGGUGACCGAGUAACGGGGUGGUAAUUCUGGUAACAGAGUAACGGAGAUGUCAUCCUGGUGACAGAGUAACGGGGUUGUCAUCCUGGUGACAGAGUAACGGGGAUGUAAUCCUAGUGACAGAGUAACGGGGAUGUAAUCCUGGUGACAGAGUUACGAUGCUGGUAAUCCUGGUGACAGAGUAACGGGGAUGUAAUCCUGGUGACAGAGUAACGGGGGUGUAAUCAUGGUAACAGACUUAACGGAGAUGUAAUCCUGGUGACAGAGUAACGGGGUUGGUGACUGUCGCUCGCUAUCCACCGGGCGGGGGAAGCCCCUCGCAGGGUUCCCUGUGACGUCACGCGAAGGCGGCGCGCGCGCCGUCGCGCUCCUUGUUUGGGCAUCAAAUACCAAACAUGGGGCUCGGCUUCUAUAAAUGGCAAUGACCGCUUCACGCCGGCCGGAGCGCUCCGCCGCGUGAAGCGCAAAUCCGAUCGGCGCUCGGGCCAAACUCGCCGUGGCCUCGCAACAAGUCCCGCCGCUCGCGCCGGGGCCGUCGGGACCCUGCCCGGGGCUGUCGGCCGCGGUCUCGGGCCCCGGGAGCCGGCGGACGUGCGCGCACUACUUUCGCGGCGCGGCGUGACACGUGUGCUGCGCGUGUUUAUGGGGCCGCGCGCGGCGGCCGCGUGCGACUCGGGGCCGGGAGACCGCGCCCCGCAUGGAGGCACCCGUCUCGCGCUCCGCGCCCCGCAUGGAGGGCCCCAACAGGGGGCCCGCGGCCGGCUCCGGCCUCUCCCUGCGGGGUCACUCCGACUGCAAGAUGUCCGAGGGGGCCUCUGACGAUAGCGACGACGACGACAGCCUCGGCAGCGGCGAGGCGGCGGCGGCGGUGGCGAUGGCCCAGGGGGGGGUUCCCGGCCGCGACGGCGUCUCCGGGGGAGGGGGGCCCUGCUUCCCCGGGCGCGACCCCAUGGACCCGGGGCGCGGCGUGGCGCCCACGGGACUCAAGCCCGGCAAGAAGACGCGCGGCCGCGUCAAGAUCAAGAUGGAGUUCAUUGACAACAAGCUGCGGCGGUACACCACGUUCAGCAAGCGCAAGACGGGCAUCAUGAAGAAGGCGUACGAGCUGUCCACGCUGACCGGCACGCAGGUGAUGCUGCUGGUGGCCAGCGAGACGGGCCACGUGUACACGUUUGCGACGCGCAAGCUGCAGCCGAUGAUCACGAGCGAGAGCGGCAAGGCGCUCAUCCAGACGUGCCUCAACUCCCCCGACUCGCCGCCUCGGCCCACGGCGGCCGCCGCCACGGCACCUGACCCUGGCGCCGAGCAGAGGAUGAGCGCCAGCGGAUUCGAGGAGACGGAGCUCAGCUACCAGAUCGGGGAGCCGGACAUCAUGGAGGACAGCAAGGUGGGAGCGGAGUCUCUGAAGCCCACGCUCUUCACCAUCACCAACUUCCCGGGUUCCUCGCCCGGGCCGCACCACUUCUCCAGCCCCAGCUACUCCCCACCCUCCUCCUCCUCGGGACCCCCAACCAGCAUGGCGGGCGGCCACAUGGUGGGCGGCGGACAUUCCUGCAAGACGGUCCAGGGGGGCCACAUGCAAACGCACGGCAACGCAUCCUCGUUCACCCUCAUGUCAGGAAACUCGCAUGCGGGCGGCGCUCCACCCGCGGGUCACACGCAGACGCAGCAGAUGCAGGGACACUCGCUGUCAGUGCCCAUCCCGGCCACGCUGGUGUCAUCCAGCAUGCCGGUGUCGGUGGCGGGGCACGUCAUGUACCAGGCGCCGCAUGGCAUCAUGUACGCGAGCUCCCCCUCGCUGGGCGGCGACGGCACCAGCCUCAGCGGGGGCCUCGCCGUGCACCUCAACGCCUUCCACGGGGGCCCGGCCUCCAUGCAGCUCCACCACGGCCCUGGGCCCACGGCCGAGCAGGGUGGCCUCCAGCAGCUGAUGUUCGCCGGUCCGAGCGGCCCUGUGCACAUCCCUAUGCAGCUGCAGCAGAUGGCCGUGAUCGGACCGACGAUGAGCAGCGAGUCGCUGACGGAGCUGCACGUGGCUCGCGUGACGGAACACAAGCCCGCCGCCAAUGGCAACUGAGCCCCCUGCCUCCUUGCCCACUCGCUCGCCCAACUCGCCGCCCCGACCUCCAUUGACCGUGGACUGUGGCCUCCUCGCGCGCUGAAGAGGGUGGAGCCGAGCGGAGCAACACCGCAGCCCGGGGCGCUCCACGAGAGUUGGGCGGCUGCCCCAACCACACCUUCUGUCCAUGCCAUUUCACUGUAUAUAUGUACAUUGUGUUUUAUUAUUAUUAAUGCACCAAAGAAUAAUAUAUUUCCUAUUUUUUGAAAUGUAAUGCAAGACUUUGCGUUUGCGGGUGCUGAGCAGCAGCACUGGAGACACGCUGUGGCCUUGUUUGUAACAUACACUGAAAACUCCACUAUUUUAUAAGCGUUUUUAUGCAAUUAUUUACUGUAGCUUCCGACAUUGAGAAAAGGGAGCCCGCAGAGCUUGCGUGAGGAGGUCUCGCCUUGAGGCCCCGCAGGCCAGACCUCCUCCGCAGGAGCCGCACUUUACUGGGCUCCCGCUGCCUUGUCAAUGUACCUCUACACGUGGUCUCACUGCCUUAAGGAACAUGUACGUGUGGUCCGUAGCUGCCUUGUUGAUGCGUGGAUCCUUGCUGACUUGUCGAGUCUCCACUUCGGGGGAGGGCUCUCACUGCUGCCUUGCCAGUUUUCUCCAGGGGAGGCUCUGCUGUAUUUAUGUACCUUUGCCACAGAGGCUUUUGUUGGCGUGUGCUGAGGGGUUUUCACAUGAAUGUUUAUAUUAAUGGACCUGCAUGGUAAGGUCCUCCGUUGGGUAAUAAGUUCUCCAUGCUUGAUGGGUCUCGACGUGGAGAUCUUCCUUGUUGAAUGGGUCUCCAUGUGAGAGCUCUUCCUGGUUGAUGAAGCCUCACGGAUGUUCAUGGGUCUUCAUGUGAAAGCUCUCCCUGGUUGGUGAACCUCCACAGAUGUUCAUGGGUCUCCAUGUGAAAGCUCUCCCUGGUUGAUGAACCCUCACACAUGUUCAUGGGUCUUCAUGUGAAAGCUCUCCCUGGUUAAUGAACCCUCACACAUGUUCAUGGGUCUCCAUGUGAAAGCUCUCCCUUGUUGAUGAACCCUCACACAUGUUCAUGGGUCUCCAUGUGAAAGCUCUCCCUGGUUAAUGAACCCUCACGGAUGUUCAUGGGUCUCCAUGUGAAAGCUCUCCCUGGUUGAUGAACCCCCACGGAUGUUCAUGGGUCUCCAUGUGAAAGCUCUCCCUGGUUGAUGAACCCUCACACAUGUUCAUGGGUCUUCAUGUGAAAGCUCUCCCUGGUUAAUGAACCCUCACGGAUGUUCAUGGGUCUUCAUGUGAAAGCUCUCCCUGGUUGAGAAACCCUCAUGGAUGUUCAUGGGUCCCCAUGUGAAAGCUCUCCUUGGUUGAUGAACCCUCACGGAUGUUCAUGGGUCUCCAUGUGAAAGCUGUCCCUGGUUAAUCAACCCCCACACAUGUUCAUGGGUCUCCAUGUGAAAGCUCUCCCUGGUUAAUCAACCCCCACACAUGUUCAUGGGUCUCCAUGUGAAAGCUCUCCCUGGUUGAGAAACCCUCACAUGGAUUUCAUUUCGAUUUAAGUCUUUCGUGACUGCAGGGAUUCACAUUCUUGGUUCUUUUUUUUAAAGUUACGUAGGAGGGAAAUAAUAAAAUCAUUAAAAUAAACCAAUUCAAUUCUCACGACGUUUCGAUUGCAACACAAGUAAUCAUCAUCAGGUGUGAAAACCACAGCAAACAUUUGCGUGGACACAAGCAAUCAUCAUCAGGUGUGAAACCCACAGCAAGCAAAUGUUUGCUGUGGGUUUCACGCCUGAUGAUGAUUGCUUGUGUUGCAAUCGAAACGUCGUGAGAAUUUUAUUGUUUUAUUUUUAUUAUUUCCCUUCUACGUGACUUUACCGAAAGAACCAAGAAUAUGAAGAUACCUCACGGAUGAUCAUGGGUCUCGAUGUGUGAAGCUCUUUUGGUUGAUGGAACCUCACAAGAAUGUCUAUGGGUCUCCAUUUGAAAGCUCUUCACGUUUGAUGGGUCUCUCCGUGGUGAUGAGCCCUCGAGUGGACGUUCUCGUUGACGGUACCUCCGUGUGAAAGUUCUCCCUGGUUGAUGGGCCUCCACGUGGAGGCUGGCACACCCUGUGAAGGCCGGGCCAAUGUGGACCGCUGACCCCACUUGUGUCAGUGCCCGUGCCCGGUGGCUGAAUUUCAAACACUGUACAUGCCACUGUACACUACUGUAAAUAGAUUCGUUCUGCACAAAUCGCGUGGCCUCGGUGUCCCGUGACGAUGGGUUGGGGUAGUGGUUGUCAUCCCCGCACUGCGCCUUGACCAUCACAGCGCCAUGACCAUUCCCGACCGUGCACGUCGAUGGAUGAGAAUAUAUGACCGUGGAAUUCACCUAGGUUUACUCGGCCUGAAAUUAGAACCUGGGUAGAGUACGUGAGCAAUGAGGUGACCAGGCGAGAAUCCAGUACCAGAACCAACAUUCGAGACACGUUUGCCUCCAUAGGAAGAUGCAUAAGCAGUGUCCCUGUCCCAUGUCUGUCCCUCGACGUAACGGUUCAACAAGAUAACUGGACCGGUUUUGACAUUAAUCGUCUCAUCAGCACGGUCAGGCUUGCUUGAAUCAACGUGUACGGGUCAUAGUUCAAUACAAAACUCACCAGUACAUAACACAGACACAUUACUGGCGUCGUGGGGAAUGUGGCAAAAUAAAUAAGCAGACCAUU